GCGUCCAACGAUAUUGAAAUUAACACAUACGCACACAUAUACAUACACACAAACAUAUACAUACGUACACAACGUAAGCAAAACAUAACGUGUUGCCAAUUAGCGGUGAAAAGUUAAGCAAUGAUUUUCAUAGUGCGUGAAAAAGUUUAAAAUUCGUGUGGAAAAAUUAAAAUUGAAAAGCAGAAUAUAAUUAAAAGCUAUGAACGCCAUGGGUAUUUCAACAGAUCCCACGCUACUCGAUGUAGAAUUGCCAGCCACGCUUAUUGAAUCGCCCUCAGUGUCGACAUUCCUGCCCGAGGAGGAGGCAUCCACCUGUCCGCUAUUGUCCACUACAAAUGGCACAUCAACGCCGGUUACAUUCUCACAUCCGCUAACACCCUGUAUUGACAAUGACAGCACAGCUUCGGCCAACUUGUGUAAUGAUGAGGAUGCGGAUGCCAAGGUCGAGACAAGUUCAUCGUCGGGCAGCAGCUCCGGCAUUGGCAUGGAUGCGCCGGAUACGGCGGCCACAACGCUAUUCCACAAAACACACGCCUACCAACAUUUGCAAGUCAACAAUGGCGGCGCAGUGCAGGAUUCAAAUGGCACAAACGGUACACUUUCAAAGGACACACCUUCGUUCGUUUCAUGGAAUUGGCCGCUGAUCCGUAAAUGCACAUUCUUCGUCUUCAUGUCUAGCUUAUUAGCUAUGUGUGCCAUAGUGGUGGCUAUGAUUGUUACCCUGCCAAAGACCUGCAAUCCAAAAACAGCUUGGUAUCGCGGCAGCGUCUUCUAUGAGAUAUUUCCCGCCAGUUUCCAAGACUCAAACGAUGACGGGAUUGGUGAUUUGCGCGGCAUUGUGCAGCGUGCUGACUACCUGGCCUCACUUGGCGUUGCUGCUGUGCGUCUAAAUUCGAUAUUCCCCUCAACUCACUACCCCGAUGACUUUACGCAUCCAACAUCGCUGCAUGAGGUGGCCAAGGUCUUGGGUACAGCACAAGACUUACAACUGUUGGCAGUAACACUACACGAGCGUAACAUUUCCCUGUUGCUUGAUCUGCCGAUUAGCGGUUUUAUUAAAAGAUUGGAUGAAGCCACAACGACGAAGCCUGCAAUAGUUGUGGCUCUUUCAACAACACAAUCAAAUAAUGAAACCGAAAGUACUUACAGUGGAAAAACAGCAAAUGUGGCUACCAAAACUAUACCACAACUACCGAUCUCUUCGGCUGGAAAUGUGGUCAGCGAUGCCAUACUGAAAUGGUUGCAUCUGGGUGUGGAUGGUUUCUAUUUGAAAGGUUUAGAAAAUUUUGUCGAUGACGAUCGUCUGCUAGCUAAUUUGCAUGAGUGGAAGCAGCUUGUCGGUCCUGAUCGCAUACUUAUCGCUAAUGAGGCACUAAUACAAGAGUUGCAUCCCACGCUGAGUCCAUUGGCACUACAACACAUCGAUUUAGUCGACGUGCACUUGGACGUUUCGAACGGCACAAGAUAUUUAGAGCAUCAUAUCAAUAGACUACUUAAUGGUCCACUCGCACCCGUCGAGGAGGGGCCAUGGCUGCAUUGGUCCAUUGGUGGCGUCGAUCAACAACGCUUUACACGCUACGGCCAAAGUAAGAAUAUUACUUUGGCUGCGACUGUUAUGCAACUCAUGCUACCGGGCACACCCAAUAUUUUCUACGGCGAUGAAAUCGCAUUGGAAGCCAUCACCGAUCCACAAAAUGAGCAUAACGAGACUAAACAUUUACACCAUCUCGCCACUAUGGAAUGGUUGAAUAGCACGAGGCAGUUUACGAAUCGUGAGACUUUGCCUUGGCUUCCACAGACGGCGCAAUUUAGUCAUGAAAAUUUCCAAAUAGUCACGAAAAUGAUCGAAUUACGUUAUCGUUCACCGUCGUUGUAUAAGAAUGCCAUUUGCAAACCAGAGAAGACCCUAUCCAACACAGAAAUACGUUGCAGCAACGAUGAUAUUAUUGUGGUGGAGCGUGUCUAUCCCCGUCGAAACUCAUUUGUAUCGGUUUCGAAUUUCGGUCAGAAGCGUGUCUCCAUGGAUAUGACAGCCAUGUAUUUUAGUGGCGUAAAAAUGCUGGAGCAAGAACAGAGCGAGAAGAUUUACUUUUCCAACUUCGAGAUCGGCCCGUGGGAAACAAUUGUUGUUAAACUAGAUAAAUAAGUGUGCAGACUUGGUGAAGCGCUUGAGAGUUGCGGUUUAACUGCUUAAUGUUAAUAACAAAGUACCGUUUGUUUAUAUAUUUUUAUAGAUAUAGUGGCCAAAAACUUGCUCAUAAAGCGGUAAAUAAAUAUGUGAGCUUUAAGAUUGAAGGAAA